GAUCUGUUUCUUGAAUUCUACUGCAGAAUGAUUAGCCUUCCUGUGUAUUUAAGCCUUUAUCUUUAACAUACAGAUACAGUUGCACAUAUUGUAUUGGAAGCACUAAUUUAAUAGGUAAUGUAAUUUUGGAGGAAAAUCUUGUUUGUCCCCAAAUGGACAAAUUAAGUAAAUAGACUGAGUUUCUGAACGUUGCUAAAGUCAAAAGUUGAAACGCUCGUAUAUCCGCUUGAUUUUUUUUUGAUACUCUUUGAUCCUCUGUGUAGUAGCACAAAAGUGGCAGGUGCCCUGAGAAAUUGUAGUAGUGAAGUGUGGAAUUCAAAGUGAGAGUCUUACCAGUUUGCUAAUUACGGUGUGGGAUAACAGAAGUAUACCUGUAACUUAAGCUGUUCUACCCAGUCUCACUCCAAAAAGUUAAGCAUGUCAGCAGAUGGAAGAGAUGUGCAAGAGAAGCAACUUCUGAACCAUGAUGAUGACGAGGAGCAAAGACUGUUACCCAGGAGAAGCAAUCCUACCGGAAACAUGUCUCGGUCUCCGUCUGAGAAGAAACUCCAAGCGGCUAUUUGUCUGCUGCUUGUGGAGCUGUGUGAGAGGUUCACGUUCUUUGGCAUUGUCUGCAACAUGAUCCUCUUCUGUACUGUCAAACUUGGCUAUCGCAACUACCAGGCAGCUAUUGUCAAUAUGAGCUUUGUGGGCACCUCCAUGUUAACACCAGUACUGGUCAGCUGGCUUGCAGAGUGUCUUGUGGGGAGGAUCAAGCUUGUGUGCAUCUGCAUGUUUCUACACUUCCUAGGCACAGCCUUGCUACCUGUUGUGGCAUUCCCCUUUGAAGAUAUUUACAUUGACAGACGCCAUAUUCUUCACACACUGACCAAAAAGGAGCAGAAAAUAGUAUUCUACUUCGCACUAUUAACAGCUAGCCUGGGAAUCGGAGGCAUAAGAGCUAUAGUUUGUCCACUGAGUGCAUACAACCUUGAGGACUGUGGACUAAAGGAGCUUCUUUCUUUUUUCAACUGGUUUUAUUGGCUGGUUAACUUAAAUUCAGCAGUUGUCUUUGUCAGCAUUUCUUAUAUCCAGCAAUCUGUGGCCAGGAACCUUGGUUUUCUUAUCCCAUUUGUAUCUGUGCUUAUGGCUAUGAUCACAAUUCACAUGGUGCGUGGUGAAAUGAUUUACAAACCCAAAACAGACAGUUCCCUGCUGAUGACUUUUGGGGUCAUUGCUAGUGCACUGAAAACAUGCUGUGUCCGCUAUCGCUACUUUAGUGGAGGUGUGACAAACUGGUUAGAUCAUGCCAAGGAAAACUAUGGUGGUCAGUACAGUGAAACUCAGGUGGAAAGCACAAAAUCACUUGCCAGGCUCUUUCCAUUGUUUGCUUUCCAAAUUCUAUAUAGAACGUGUAUUAUGCAGAUUCCUUCAGGGUAUUAUCUCCAGACCAUGAAUUCCAACUUGAAUUUCAGUGGAUUUGUCUUGCCAAUUGCAGCAAUGAAUGUGAUAAGCAUUGUACCAUUAUUAAUUCUUGUGCCUAUUUUGGAAUGCGUUAACUCAUGUCUCUUUAGUUCCAAAGAAAGUAGGCAUUCUCCAACAAUUUACAUUGUUGUAGGUCAAUUAUGUGCCGCGCUUUCUGUGAUGGUUGCUGGAUUCUCUGAAAUACACCGAAAGCAUUUCCCUCAGGUGGAACAAACCCUUUCCAAGGAGGUCCUCCUGGUCUCUUCCAUGCCUUGUUUCCACUUAGCUCCUCAGUACAUUUUACUUGGAGUGGCUGAAGCCCUGGUAACUCCCUCCUGUUCUUUACUAUCGUUCCGGCUUGUGCCAGAAAGAAUUCGAGGGAUUUCCAUGCAUUUUUUAGCACUCUUCAAUGGAGCUGGCUGCUUUGUGGGAGCUUUCAUUGUUCAAACAGUCCACACAGGCACUCGAGGCAACUGGUUUCCACAUUUGUUGCAUGAAGGUAAAUUGGAGAGAUUUUUCUUCUUCUUGGCUUCCUUAAUGAUGGUGAACACCCUGGGGUUCUGGACCAUUGCACACAGAUACAACAAUCUGAAUCAGGAGUACACCGAAGAGUUCAGAGGAAGUCUUCCUGAAGAAAAACUUUUGCAGCAUGAAAAAGCCAUCAAGUUUUAUGACAGUGUCCUGGAUUGUUCUCCCAUUUUGUCUCCCAUGGAGGCAACCUGAUAAAAUUUCCAUCCUUCCUAGGAAAUAUAAUCAAAAUUUAGUCUACCAGCUUUCUAAUGAUAAAUUACCUGGCAUACUUCAGUGGAACUCCCAAUGUAUUUAUGAAUUACCUUAUGUUGUUUGUAAGUUUACAAAGUAAUACAAGCAUCAUAGGAUUUGCUCUUUUAGGAUGCUGCACUGUCAUGAUGCACGUCCGGGACAAUGAGAGCUCAUUGCCUUAGCCUAGUUGAGGGAGAGAGGUUUUUAAUCUGUAUAGGGAG